AUGAAUAAUGUAGACCUGACAUUUUGGAGCAUUGGUUGGAAAUUCAUACCAUAUGGUCAAUCUGAUGAUACAAAGGUUGUUGAAAUGAAUGAAAACUCUAAUAUUCAACUGUUAAAACCAUCUUAUAGAAGUCUUGAAAAUGAUCCCAUUAUUAAUCCAUCUUUGUUUAAAUUGAAUGAAAAUGUAACUAAUCUAGAUAGGCAUAAUUUAUUAACAGGACAGAUUCAUGCAUCAAUCUACUGGAAGGCUCAUUGGCUUGUUUUAAAUAGUUCUAUGAAACAGGAAUCAGGAGCAUGGCAGUGUUGGAUUCAAAGAUCAAUUCAUAAAAAUCACUCAUUCACAACUGAUAUUCCCCAUAUUCGUUGGUUAACAAAUGAAGUACACGUGAAAAUUAUACCUAGAAAAUAUACUUAUCAAUUAGAGCUAAUAAUCGAAUUAUGGCGUAUUAUUGCUUUAAUCAUGGCUCCACUAGAUAUUUUUCUGUUAUUCAUACUAUUCACUGUCGGGUGGUAUUUAGCCUAUUAUCAUGAAAGCAAGUCUAAGUUGAGGAAGAAAUCAAAUAACCCACGCAAUAUAAAAGAAAGUUCAACACAAUUCAUUCAAGAGCAUCAAAAUUCUGAUGAAUCUGAACAAAUAUUUAUACCAACUCAGUAUGUAGAUGAAUUUCUUCAAAACUCUGGUAUUGAAUCAUAUAAAGAAUAUGUUAUUCGUAGAAAUAAGAAAAGGACCGUUAAAUAAUUGUAUGGGUUUUAAUUGAGAAUACUUUGAGUAGAGUUAAUAUAUGAAAAGAAGCAUCUAUAUUACAUAGAACACUGGUAAAUUAUUAGAAAGUUGGUAAACCGAACAAGACAUUAUAUUUAGUAUUAAGCGUUUACUUUUAUCAUAAUCAGCUGCACUUUCUAUGGUUAAUUUUUUUAUUUUUAUUGAUAUUAUCUUGUAAAUACC